GGCUGCGGCUGUGCCAUGCGGGGCCGGAGGGGACGCGCGGCCGCGUUGCCAGGCAGCGGCGGUGGGCGCGGGGGAAGCGGAAAGUUCGGCUCCUCUUCCUCUUCCUCGGCCACAGAGAUGGCGGUGCCGCGGAUCUUACGGGCGGCAGCCCCGCGGCUCUACAGCGGUCUCCCCGCCCCGGCGGCGCUGACGGCGGCAGCGGCGCGGCCCCGCGACCCGGAGGACAAACUGCUGGCCGAGCCGCUCCGCCACCCCGACUUCUUCAAAGUGAAGAAUCUCUUCACCCUGAAGGAUCUUUUCGACGCCCGAGUGCACCUGGGGCACAAGAAGGGAUGUCGGCAUCAGUUCAUGAAGCCCUACAUCUUCGGCUGCCGCCUGGACCAGGACAUCAUCGACUUGGAUCAGACGAUGCAGCAUCUCCAGCUGGCCCUCAACUUCACUGCCCACGUCGCCUACCGCAAAGGCAUCAUCCUCUUCGUCAGCCGCAACAGGCAGUUCUGCCACCUGGUCGAGAGCACAGCACGGGAGUGUGGGGAGUACGCCCACACACGCUACUGGCAGGGCGGCCUGCUCACCAAUGCCCACAUCCAGUUUGGUCCCGGCAUCCGCCUGCCCGACCUCCUUAUCUUCCUCAGCAGCCUCAACAAUGUCUUUGAGCCCCACGUGGCCAUCCGGGAUGCUGCCAAGAUGAACAUCCCCACGGUGGGGGUGGUGGACACAAACUGCAACCCAUGCCUCAUCACCUACCCCAUCCCUGGCAACGACGACAGCCCCACCGCCAUGGAGCUCUACUGCAAGCUCUUCAAGAUGACCAUCAUCCACGCCAAGAACAAGAGGAAGCAGAUUGAGGUCUUCCAGGAGCUGCAGAGCCGACAGAAGGGCGAUACGAGCCGCCCUGUGGUGGCUGAAGGCCAGGCAUGACCGUGGGGCUCAUCUCCACGCUGGAGGUGGGCAUCCCGCUCCACUUCUACAGUGCUGCACCCAUGGCAUCACACAACCUGGCUUUCAGCAGAGCUGGGCUGCUUGUCGCACAGGGACAUCUCCAGCUCCGAAGUAAUUUGCCCAGAGCAAUUGAUCCAAGGAGAGAUGGAGCAGUGCCAGUCAGCUCUGUCCUGGUUUGUUGUUGUGAGGAGCACUUCUAUCCUGCGACCCUCCUGUUGUGGAAUGCUGCAAAGCCACUUGUAUCACACGCCACAAAUAAAGGGGUCUUUGAUUCUCCUCUUUCUUUCCCUGUUACAUGGGGAGGUGGGGAAAUUUCUGGCAAAAAAAUGCAUGCUCACGGGGUGAGGGGACAAAGGGGUGGUGGCUGUUCCCAGCCUGGGGAUCUCGGGGUAUCAUGGGCCCCGUGCAGGGCCGUCCAUGGCAGCUCAGAAACUGCAGGGAACUGCCAGGAAAAGGGCAGUCCAGCCCUUAACUCUCCACGUGCCUCUAUGGGAGUGCUUAGGGCAGCCCUGCGGCGCUGUGCUCAGGCCUGGUGGCGUCCCGCCCGUAUCCUGGCUCCUCCUCUCUGUCCAUGCGGAGGUGGGUCCGCCGCGCGGUCCUCUUGCCCAGCAGGGGGCGCUCGAGGGAGCAAACGCGCAGUGAGGAUCGUCCCCGCGGCGCUUCCGCCGCCCUCUCUAUAUAAGCGGAAGUCGGGAGGCGGAGCGGUCUUUCGGCGUGGCGCUCGGCGGGUGUUGGCUGUAGGCUGAGCUCGUUGUGAAGAGCAAACGAGGAAGUCUCGCUGCCUGCCCGCCCGCUCCUCUCCUGCCUUCAGGCUGAGAGGGCUCCCCGCGGUGCCUUCCGGUGAAGCCGUGCCUUGCUGGCCGCUGUUCGCCGUCUCAGGCGCGGGCGCUAUGCUGCAGCCGGGCCUCGGCUCUGGGAUGGGCCGCGACGGCGGCGGCCUCUGCCGUUUGUUGUCCGAGGCCGAGCGAGGGAAGGCGGGGUCGUGAGGGUACGGCCGCGGCCUGUAGGCUCGUAUGGCGGAGGACGAGGAGGAGAAAAGCAAGACAAAGGGUGGGAUGAAAAAGAUUUUCCAUCUUGAAAAACCGAAGAGAGAGGCAUGUAGUGUGGCAGACUCCAGAGGUCUCAAAAGCCCGAGAAGGAAAAAAUGAAGAUACUUUUUCUUCAUGCAGUUACAUGUGAGGACAAGUCUGAGUUGUUGUGCAGUUCCCUUCAGAUGUUGAAGAUCAUGCUUGAAUUCUAGAAUUUCUAGCAAGCCUGGCUACAGGAAAAGAAAUGGUUUAGCAUUUCUGUGCUUCAAGAUGCUGAAGACUUCCAUCUUAUUCACACGUGGAUUCAAGCAAGCUGCAGCCAAUGAGAGUGCGUGUAAUCUUUCCUUCCUACAAGUAAUCUCAGCUUGUGCUGUUUCACACCCAUGUUCUGAAGCACUUGUUUUGACCACGUUUACCACGUGGCUAAAAGGUUUAAAAAGAAGAACACUAAGUAUGCUAUCUGCAAGUCUGAAAUAAUGCUUUUUAGACAUCCUAGGAUCUAGGAUGUUGUUGUCUGUGGAUAUGAGAAUUGUGGGGUUUUCUUAACCUUAAACAAUGAAAUGUGGAAGCUUGCUUCCUACCCCACUCCUCUUCUGGCACUUAAAUCUUUUACACUGCUAAAGCAGCAGCGUCUGUUCGUGUUUGGUUGUCAGUCUUUCAGUGUUCUGGCUCUUGCUCCUUUUCCAACUAAUGUGGAAAGUUGGGAGGAGGCGUUAUGAGUGUGAAAUAGCUUUGCCUUGAGUCAUUUCUCUUCCAUAUUGUACUGUAGCUCGUAAACCAUAAUCACUUGUUUGAAAACACUUGUCCAUUGUAUUAGUGACGAAUGAAACUUGGUGCUCUUGGGAUGUGUGAGUCAUGGGUAAGUCUGAAUCUCAAAGUGUCUGUCCAGUGCUGUUAAUGGGGUGUGCAGAGCAGUAACAUGGUAACAUCGUGGGUUUUGUCAAAAGUCUUUAUUUGAAUAAAGUGUCUGAGCUAGUUCUCUUCAAUA